AUGCCUCUUGGCGUCAUCGAGACAUCCGUCGCGAACGUCCCGGGGACAGUGUCUCUCCUCGACGAGGGAACCGGAGACACGGCCAACCAUCUCAAGCACGGCACGGGCAAGAAUUCGCACAUCGUCCUAGUCCCGCAGCCCUCGGACGACCCAAACGACCCAUUGAACUGGCCGCUGUGGAAGAAAGACGUCGCCUACGCCUCCGUCUUCGUCGGCACCAUCAUCUUCGCCGCCGUCCCAGCCCCAAUGCUGGCGCCCGCCACCGUCGUCCUGUCAGGCAUCCUGGGCGUCACCCUGGACGAGGUCGCCGAGCUCUCCGGAUACCAGCUCCUGCUCGUCGGCUGCUUCGGCCUCGUCGUCUCGGCGCUGGCGCGCAAGUACGGCAAGCGCCCGCAAUUCGUGUUCGCUGCCGUCAUGGGCGUCGUCGGCACCGCCGUCUGCAUCGCCGCGCACGAAGACUACGGCACCCUCCUCGCAGGGCGGCUGGUGCAAGGCUUCGGCACCACCGCGUUUGAGAGCCUGUCCGUGGCUAUGCUGGGUGACAUGUACUUCGUCCACGAGCGCGGCGUGCGCACCGGCAUCAUGGUGCUCUGUCUGACGUGCAUGUCGUCGCUCGUCGCCAUCAUCGGCGGCCCUAUAACGGCGAGGCUGGGGUGGCGGUACAUGUUCAUCGUGCAUCUGCCGUUCGCCGUCGCCGGCGCGCUGGCCGUCUUCUUCUUCGUGCCUGAGACGCAGUUCCGGCGCCGAGACCAGGAUGGCAGGCUGCCUGCACACGGUCCGGGUCCGGACGCGUAUGCGGACACGGAGCAACGCCCGGAUAAGCGCGAGGGGAACGUCAAGUGCCUUGAGAGCGUCGAUGUAGCCGCCCCGAGGCCGGAGAAGUCGUACUUGCGGAGCCUGGCACUUUACAACGGAAGCUUCACGGACGAGUCUCCGAUCAAGCUAUCAAUCGCGCCGCUAGUGGUGCUCGUAAAUCCAGCAGUGUUCUGGACCAUCCUAGACGCCGGCAUCAUCGUGGCAUUCUACGUCAGCCUCUCCUACGUCCUCGCACAAAUCUGGUCCGCCCCACCAUACAACCUCACCCCAGAGGGCAACGGUUACUUUUACGUCGGCGGCCUCAUCGGCGGCCUCAUCGGCGGCAUCGGGUCCGGCGCGCUCUGCUCGGCGACGUCGCGGGCGCUGGCGCGCCGCAACCGGGGCGUGCACGAGCCCGAGUUCCGGCUGCCGGCGCAGGCGGUCGCGGCGGCGCCGCUGCUGGGCGUCGGCUACUUCGUCUUCAUGUGGGACGUGCGGCACCCGACGGCGGCGGGAGCGGGAUACCUCCUCGGCGCCUUCUGCCACGGGUGCGUGUGCUGCGGGGUUACGGUGGCGUCGGGGUCGGCGGCGCUGUAUGUUUUGGAUGCGUACAAGGAGCAGGCGACCGAGAUCUUCAUCGUGCAGAUGACGGCGAAGAACCUGCUUUUCUACGGCUUCUCCACCUUUGUCAACUCGUGGGUGACGGAAGAUGGGCCGGCGCAGUUGUUCAAGGUGUACGGGGUCGCGUCGUUGUGCAUUGUUGCCACGUGCAUCCCGAUGUACGUUUUUGGCAAGCUCAAUCGACGGUGGAUGCACGGUUUCUCUUCGGUCCAACGACUGGGGGCAGCGUAUAUGUAG